GGAGACAAUUAGUAUCUUGUGUGACUCCCCGGCCGUUUUCAUCGACGGCACGUUCAAAGUAGUACCGCGAUUGUUCACGCAGUUGUACACUUUGCCCUCGUUCUACAAAGGGCAGAUGUUCCCCCUCGCGUUUUUCCUGCUCCCCGAUAAGGGGAAAGAAACCUAUUGUAGGAUGUUCCGAAUGUUGAAGGAUCACGCUUCUGCUAUAGGGAAAGUUUUCGCUCCUCUGACUUUCCAGCUGGACUUUGAGGUGGCCACUCUUCGCGCCAUCCAACACGAGUUCCCAUUGUCGGCAAUCAAAGGAUGUAACUUCCAUUUUAAUCAGUGUCUCUGGAGGAAGGUGCAAUCGUUGGGUCUCGUAUCGUUCUACAGCGAUCCCCUUGUCAAGAAGCUGAUCCGAUCUUGUUCGGCUCUCAGCCUGGUACCCUUGGAGAGGAUCGAUGACGCCUGGCCGGAGAUAGAUGCGGACUCUCCCCCAGCGGAACACCCGGCGCAUGAGCGCGUGGAGGCUUUUAAAACAUAUGUCAUCCAGAAUUGGCUCGAAAACGCCUCGGUGUUUCCACGUAGUAUGUGGAAUCACUUUGGCAAUUUUGGCGCGCGCACGACGAAUCACGUGGAGGCUUGGCACAGCGCCCUGAGCCGUACGAUCAGGAAGGAUCAUGUUAACAUUUUCGAGCUCAUAAAAUUCUUGAAAAAACAGGAAGACAAGGGAAAAGCGGACAGGCUUCUGCUCCGAGCCGGGCAAGCCCCGCCGAAGCUGUCGCCCAAGUAUAAGACCUUGAACGAGCGUUUGAUUCGUCUGACAGACGAACUCCCUGAGUGGCGAAAACCCUGA